AUGGUUAUAGACCUGGGCAUGGGUGGGCAUGUGAUUGGCACGGAGCUGAACUGGGGUUUCUGCCGCUGGCAGCUUUGCCCAUCAUGGACCCCCCUCACCCUGGAAGGUACUGCUUCUGGUGUCAGAUAUACUAUACGACAAACUGUAUAUGUCAAUGGUCAGAUACCCAGAUGAAGGCUGUACUGCUGAUCAAUGUGUUGGUUAAUAUAUGAUAUAAAGAUGCAUUUUAUAUCCAUUGUUUUCCUCAAAUGAAAAUCAUUCUACAUUUUUUACAUUUUAGUUCUUUAGCAGAUGCUCUCAUCCAGAGCGACUUACAGUUAGUGCAUUCAUCUUAAGAUAGCUAGGUGGGACAACCACAUAUCACAGUCAUAGUAAGUAAAACAUUUCUCAAAGUAGCUAUCAGCAAAGUCAGAGCUAGUAAGGUAUAGGUUUAGACUCCCACACAUCCAGUUUAUCCCUCAAUUCAUGCACCUUUGUUGGACUUUGAGGUAGUGUAGUUAGGUAACUCCCACUGGCCAGAAACUAGAGGCUUGUGGGCCAGAUGUGGCCUACUAUUUGAGUAUCAUCAAAUAGUCUUUGGCCUUUGCAGGUGUUGCUGGUGAGCAGCAGUCGGCACCCAGACCAGUGGAUCGUCCCAGGAGGAGGGAUGGAGCCUGAGGAGGAGCCGUGUGGAGCUGCAGUCAGAGAGGUGUAUGAAGAGGUGAGCCCACCCAUAUACAUUUUGUUAUCCUAAUCAUCUAUCUGCAAUGCACCAAGUUAGAGGAACAGUUUCCUAGAUAAAUGAGUAGCACUUGAAGGGGAGACCUCGGUUCUAAAUGUUCUAGAUUGAGGAUGGUAUACACUGCACAGACAGCCAGUUGAGCUAAUGGUUAAGUGGUUAAGUGAAAAGAGUGACAGUACUUGUUCACGGACUCUGUGUGUGUUCUGCCAUGCUCUGCCCCAGGGAGUCAUGUGUUGACAGCUGUGAGGAAUGGAGCGGUGACAUUUAGAGACAGUGUCCAUUUACCCACGUCCUCCUCGUCCUGAGAGAGACAUGACCCUGAAUAGAGUUAAAUGAGUUCCACAGCAACACAGGCUGUUGGAGGCUAAUAACUCAAAUUGUCCAUCCACUCUUCUGUAAAAUUCAACACAUCCACUCCAAAGAAAGUCAUAAUGGAAGUUUAAUGGAGGUUUAAUUUGCGCUUGAGUGUCACAUUUUUUAGAUCUUAUGAUUAUAACAUAAUUCAGUUUUAUCAUGUAUACCCACUUGGUGGCUAAAUAUAUAUGUACGAUAACAAGUUCAAAUGUAAGACAUUGAACCCUGUUGAGCCCAUGUUUGUCAAAAAGUUGGAUUUGUUUUUUACCCUCAAGUAUUAUCUUUGUAUUUCAACAAUGGGCAGUUUACUUAAUUUUAUUAAAUUACAAAAAUAUUUUACAAUCCCCCCAAAACAUAUUGGAAUUAUCCUAUCAUAGAGCUGAAGUGUGCUGGUAGAGGCCUGUGUCAUAUGAGCCUGUGGUCCUGGUAACCUGGCCCCAGCCAGCCCCCAGCCAGUGGGACCCGGGAGGGGUGCAGGAACCUAAACCUGAAUUAUGGCUCUUCCCCAGGAUCAUGUGACCAGAGCAAUGGGCUCCAGUCCUGAAUUGCUGCCAGUUUGCCAGUCUCCCAAAACAGUCAGCGGCCGGGUCACAAGAAUCUUUUAAUAUUUUUUCUCAUGCAUACAUCACAAUCCGUUAUAUCUUAGUGGACCGUAUGAUAUUCUCAUGGACAGUAUGAUGAGUUUUGAACUUGCUCCAUGGCUAAAUGUCACCCACCUCCAUAAUGUUUGUUAUCAGCCAUUUCAUUUAAUCGCUUUCUUUCACAAAUGUUUUGUGUGACAUUAGGCCUUUAUAUUAGCCUGGUCACCAAUCUGUUUGUGUUGUCUUGCCAACUCCCUCACUAACGUGUCACUGUUUGGCAUCAGUGAUGUUGUGCUAAAAAAAAAAGGUGGGUAAACGCUGAUCGCCGUUUGCGGUGAGUAAAGUAAAGCUCUCUAUACUUUCAAUUAAUCUUUCUGCAAAAGGUGGGUAAACGCUUGUGCAAAAUAAAAUAAAAUCCUAAAUGCCGUUUUACGUGCGUCUACCCUCUACUACAUCUCUGUUUGGCGUGACGAUUGACAAUGACAGCAAUGGAGUUGGCAAGACAGCACCAACAGAUCUGGAACCAGGCUAACAUUAUGGCUAUGAUCAUUAGCCUGUGAUCUUGGACGUGUUGUUAUUUUCCGGACCAAACUGCUGUGUGCGUCAGUCUAUGUGGCAUGCUAGGAUGGCAUAGGUCCUCCUGGGGAUCCUCUCUUGAGAUGGGCCAAAACCAGAACAGAGAGUUAACAUGCAGUCCUUUUCAUGGGCGAUGCUGAGACUGAGUGAUAUGGGAGCAGAGACACGCUUCCCUUUGGCUAGUCACGUUGUUCUGCCGGAAUUCCGUCUCGGCAUGAAAAUAUCCCACAGUCAGUCGAUGUUCCCUUCCGGCUUUUGCAGGGGGUGAGGGUAGGUUACUGUCAAACCUGUCAUCAUUGGUUGGGGAAAAACAUAUGUGCCUUACCAAACAAGCACAUUCCUUGCUUGUGAAUAUCAUGGUAUAUGGAUUCUUUUUUAGUUGUUAUAAUCUGUGAUAGAGUAAUUUAUCCUAAAGACAUGUAUUUGUUUUUGUAAAGGACGUCACACUGCUUGCUUAGUGAGUACCACUUUCCCCUGAUUCAGCUCUUACCGAGGCUCGAACCCAGGAUAUCUGCCUCGCAAACACACGUGACCGCCCUCCUGAAGCGUCUUACCCAGUCGACACCACAGAAAAGCUAGCUAUUCUGUAGCAGAAGUGGGGACACUUCAGGCUGUGGAGUGAGUUUCACAGAUCCCCCCCAUCUGCUACAUUCACCCCCGAAACUCACUCCACAGCGACCCCAGCGUUGAGCUGAGCGCAACUGCAAAUAUGGGUCAUGGCACCAUUUUAAGGGACGUCACACUGCUUGCUCAGCGAGUACCGCUUCCCCCUGAUUCAGCUCAUACCGAGACUUGAACUCAGGACCUCAGCCUCGUAAGCACGUGAACAUCUCCUAAAAGGUCUUACCCAGUCAUGCCACCGAAAAACUAGCUAUUCGGCAGCGCAAGUGGGGACACUUCAGGCUGAGGAGGGAGUUUCUCAGCACCCCAUAUACUACACUUACAUUUAGUAGAAUUUGAUUCGGUUUUCUGAAAUGAAUUGUCCUGCUGAGGGUCAUUAACAGUAUAGUACAGCUCUCUGUGCACUACAUGAUAGUCCAUAUCAGCUGUAACGUAACUUUUAAAAGUGAUUCUGUCUUAUGGAUAAUGUAGGAUGUGGGAAUGUAUUGGUGUUAUACUGGUGUUUAUACACUAGCUGACUGUCCUUUGUUGUUAUUUGGAUGUCUGUGUCACUGUCCAGGCUGGUGUAAAGGGAAAGCUUGGCAGGUUACUGGGGGUUUUCGAGGUAAGCCUCACAAACCAUCAUGUCAUAGCACACUGUAGCAUAGCACUGUAUAUCAUAAUGCAUUAUCACAUCAUAUCAAAACAUUGCAACAUUAUUAUUAAGCCCAAUUCCUUAACCUUACACCAGUGGUAUUCAAAGUCGGGGUUGCGACCCCGUGGGGUAAGUGUAGUGGGGUCGCCACAUAAUAAUUUUUCAAUUUGGGGGGGUCAAAAGACAAAAAGAGUACAGAUUAUUGAGGACAUUUAUUUUAUUGAGUAAAUGUAUUUUGGUUCUUUUUAAUAAGAGAGAGAGAAAAUGUAAUGAAUCAAAGGUUAUUUGUUGAUGCAAAAAUCAAAAUGUACCGAUUUUAGGGUUGUGUCAUUAGAUUUGGGCUGGAGUGGGGUUGCCAGGAAUUCUGGCAAAACAAUGGGGUCCCCGCUGAAAAAGUUUGAAUUCCACACAACACUUAAAAGCCCUGCAUGCAAUACAGAAACACUUACAGGAGUGAAAGGGUAUUAUUAUGAUUUGAAGCAGUCUGUCUGUUUGUCUGUCCUGUAGCACAACCAGGACAGGAAACACAGGACGUACGUCUAUGUCCUGACUGUGACAGAGACCUUGGAGGACUGGGAGGAUUCUGUCAACAUCGGUAAGCUUCUACUGUAUGAAGACAUCUGGUUAGGGAUCUGGUUAUUUUCCCACAUCUCUUUAGACCUUUAUGCACGUCUUUCGUCUAAGCCUUUCCUCUCCGACACAAUUGGUGGGAAACGGGGAACUUUUUUUGAGAUAUUUAGACAAACAAUCUUUUCUUACAACACUACAACUUUCUUCACCCCCGCACCCCUGUUUCUCUCACACCCAGGACCCUGGCCCUUUCUCUCUCCCAGUCUGUGAUGUUGACAUCAAAACAUUGCAACACACAAACACACUUGUGCCUCACGAAACAAAAGGGUUUUGAUCUCCUAAGCAGUCAGGGCCGUGAAAUUAGGUUUGAGGACUGUUAGUUUGCCUCCUGGGUACUUACCGAAAAUCAUCAUAGAUAAUAUUUGCUAAUUCUAUUGAUAGAGUGCUUUAAAGUCAAUUCCAGUAGGUAAUUAAUAUCAUUAAAAGGCGAACGCACGAAUACUGCUUGGAGUGUGUAAGUUGGAGUUGCUCUUUGGAGGGGUUUAUGCAUAGUACUCAUGUUGUAUCUAAAAAGGAAUUCUUUAGAUUAGUAAAAUUACAAUGGAUUUAUUAAAUAGGUACAAGGUUAAUAGGUUAAAGAAAUUGAACACUUUCAUGUUACGACGAUAGGGCACCUUCAUAUAGAGGCUGACUUCAGUUCAGUUGGCAGGAGACCUCUUGUAAAACCUGAGAGAGGAAUUUAGACAAACAGACUGACAGAGGGUCUCUGUUGUCACUUAGGAUACUGGCCCAGAGGGACACGUCCAUGUCUGUACAUGUCUACAGUAAUAGUUGUCAAACACCUGUUGAACUUCAGUAAUGUUAGCGUCUAGCUGGAAUUCAAAAUAACAUUUGAAGAAUGGUUUGAAAAUACAGUAUUUAAUGUCCACUUAUGUUUUGACACUUAGUUUGUAUAUCUAUAUGAGGUAAAUAAAAUUGUUUAUCAAAUUAUAAUGAGAUGAAACUGGCUGAAUUGUGUUUUGAAUAAGUUACUUGUAUAUUUAUUGUAUAUGUGUAAUAUUUACAUGAAGACAUUUUCCAUGUUCUGUAACUAUGUGGUAUCUGUGCAAAUUACUGUCAAGUAAAUAUUGUACAGCAGAAAACACCACACUAACUAGACACAUUCUAUACAGCACUGUAAUUGUUAAGUAAUGGACUACAUCCCAAAAACGAUCACCAUAAUUUGUUUAGGAUGCAGUAGCCAGUGGGGCGAUUCCACACCAACGGGACAUGAUACAGACAAAAUAUUGGUGUCAUUAUACUCCUUAUAGUGUGCUCUAACAUAUGGAGUAUGUCUAGAUUCUGAUUUUUAUUUUUUUUCACAUUUAAAAUAUUAAUAUGAAUAUCUCAAAACUACCCUUUUUGAUUUUGUUCAUUGUUUGGAAAAAUAUAAUCUACAAGUACAUCAAAUUCCCAGAGUGGGCUCUGUUCAUUCUGAAGUUCUGAUAAACGUAAUGAGCACCACCAACACAGUGAAUGGGAAAUGGAUUCAAAGGUAACUCCCUCUGCUGGUGAUUUGCUGAAUAUGCAAUCCUAAAGGAGGUCUGUGAUGGGUAAUGAGCUGUAACGUCAAUUUCUAUGUAUAAAAUGGAUCAUAUCAUUAAAAAUACCAGAGACCAUUGUGGGAAUUUGAUGUGUUUGAAGAGUAUAAUGUUCCAAACAAUAUGUCUAAAAAUAAGCUCAUAUUCAUAUUAAUAUUUGUUAUGUUGAAUAAAAGUUGUAUUUCAGAAUCUAGACAUACUCCAUAUGUUAGAGCACACUAUGAGGAGUAUAAUGACACCAAUAUGUUGUCUGUAUCAUGUACGGUUCACUGAUCAUAAGAUCUUUCAGAAGGCAUGUAUAGGUCUAAAAAGGGCCCAGAAUGGCCACUUUAAUCAUGAUUUUUAUUUUUUUAUGGUUUGUGAUAUAAAUGUAAAAAGUAUGUCAAACAUGCUUCCUCUCUAUUAAGUUUCUAUGUGAGAAUUGGCAGAACAAUCUGAAAUCCAAAAAAUGUGCUCCCGCUGGCGUGGAAUUGCCCAGUGUUUCAAAUAAAGCACUUGACAAGGGACCCUGUAACUCAAAACGUGAACCAUUUGUAGCCUGUCUAAAAAAAAAUUGUGAAAAUCUUUCACCCAUAAAUAGAAUUCAGGCCUGUUCACAAGGUCCAUGCAUAUUUGCUGUACACAGUUGUUUUCCAGUCAUCGUCACUCACUGUGCUGUGGCCCCCUCCCUCUGUCCUCUUUUGCGCCAUACAAGGCCUGUGAUUGUGCCCAAUCGGGCUCUACAUUUGUGGUCUUACAAGUUACACUCACCUUCUCCUCCAGGGCUAGUGCCUGUGGAGUACCUGAGGGGUCAGUGUAUACCCCCCCCUCCAUCCACUUAUCCCCUUCAGUAUCCCAUUUUAAUGUCAGAGGGCACUUUGGAGGGCCUUUUGCAAAAUACUUGAAUGAUAAUAUAUGUCUAGAAAUUGGAGGGCAGGAGAAAGUGGUUUUGAAGAGAUGUAUAAAUAAGGUAAACUGAUGGUUAACUGGUUUUUAUGGGAACUCUUUAUACAGAGGCUUUGGUUAAAAGCAGAUGUGACAGCUUCAUAAACACCACUGGAGGAAUGACAGAAAUGUCCAAUCCUACUAUAGGUCAAGUUCUCAACAUUCAGCAGUGUUGCUGUACAUUUCUUUCAGAGCUGGUUGGUGUGAAGGAGUGGGGAAAAUGUGUAAAGGAGUACAGCGGUUUAGCCACUGUUUUCAAAUGAAUGUUCGUAUUGGGAAGUCCAACAAGAAGCACAUACAGUGCAUUCAGAAAGUAUUCAGACCCCUUGACUUUUUCCACAUUUUGUUACGUUAUAGCCUUAUUCUAAAUUGGAUUAAAUAGUUUUUUUCCCCCCUCAUCAAUCAACACACAAUACCCCAUAAUGACAAAGCAAAAACAGGUUUGAGAAAUCUUUGCAAAUGUAUAUAUUUUUAUUUAUUUACAUAAGUAUUAAGACCCUUUACUCAGUACUUUGUUGAAGCACCUUUGACAGCGAUUACAGCCUUGAGUCUUCUUGGGUAUGACACUACAAGUUUGGCACACCUGUAUUUGGGGAGUUUCUCAAAUUCUUCUCUGCAGAUCCUCUCAAGCUCUGUCAGGUUGGAUGGGGAGCGUCGCUUCACAGCUAUUUUCAGGUCUCUCCAGAGAUGUUCGAUCGGGUUCAAGUCCGGUGUCACGAUCGUCAGGAACAGAUGAGGACCAAGGCGCAGCGUUGCAGGCAAACAUACUCUUUAUUUAGCGUCAAACGACCAAAACAACAAAACGAUAUCGUGACAGUUCACGGUCUAACACAAACCGACUGGAAACAAAUCCCACAAACACGAAUGAAAAACAGACUGUUUAAAUAUGGCUCCCAAUCAGAGACAACCAGCAACACCUGACACUCGUUGCCUCUGAUUGGGAGCCACUCUGGCCAACAUAGAAAUAGCACCAAUAGAAACAAAACACAUUGAUCUACACACCCUGGCUCAACAUAACAGUGUCCCCCAGAGCCAGGGGCGUGACAGUACCCCCCUAAAGGCGCGGACUCCGACCGCGUCAACCAAAUACCACAGGGGAGGGACCGGGUGGGCACUCCGCCUAGGCGGCGGAUCCGGCUCCGGGCCUGAUCCCCGCUCCCUCUCCAACCCCCCAAAGUACCCCUGGUCCGGUCUGGCCCCGCUGGCCGGAGCUGGACUGCACACUGAUGGAGCGGAUUGCUCUAGCUCCGGCGUAAAAGAUCUGACCAGUGCCGAACCAGGCACCAGUGGAACAGGCACGGGCCGUGCCGGACUGACGACGCCCACCACUGGCUUGGUGUGGAGAACAGGCACGGGCCGUGCUGGACUGACAACGCACACCACUGGCUUGGUGUGAGGAGCAGGAGUGAGCCGAACCGGGCUGACGAAACGCACCACUGACUUGGUGCGGGGAGCAGGAACGGGCCGAGCCGGGCUGACGAAGCGCACCACUGACUUGGUGCGGGGAGCAGGAACGGGCCGAGCCGGGCUGACGAAGCGCACCACUGACUUGGUGCGGGGAGCAGGAACGGGCCGAGCCGGGCUGACGAAGCGCACCACUGACUUGGUGCGGGGAGCAGGAACGGGCCGAGCCGGGCUGACGAAGCGCACCACUGACUUGGUGCGGGGAGCAGGAACGGGCCGAGCCGGGCUGACGAAGCGCACCACUGACUUGGUGCGGGGAGCAGGAACAGACCGGACCGUACUGGGGACACACACCACUGGUCCUACACCGGGAUCUGGAACGGGCCGGACCGGACUGGUAACACACCCCAGUACCUCUCGCCGUGCCUCUACACCUUCCAUCCCCUCUUCUACCAGUGGCCCCCGUAACCUGGCGGCCUCCUCUGCCAACCCGCUGGACCGCUCUAUCGCGGCCUCCUGCUGCCCCGACGUCGUGAGCCCCCCCCCCCCCCUAAAAAUUUUCUGGGGGUCUCUCCUCCCCGUGGGCCAGGCCUCUAUAGUUCUCGCCCAACUCUCGCUCUUCUGCCUCCAACUCCCGCUAUUCAGCUCCUCAAUUGGCUUGACCCAGUCGAAGCUCUUCCUCCAUUGUUCCCAAGUCCACUCUCUCUGCUCUUCACUCGGCUUGACCCAGUCGAGGCUGCCACGGAGAUCUGCUAGGGAUUUCCCUGGCGAUGGCUCCUCGACUCGCUGCUUGGUCCAGUUGUGGUGGGAUUUUCUGUCACGAUCGUCAGGAACAGAUGAGGACCAAGGCGCAGCGUUGCAGGCAAACAUACUCUUUAUUUAGCGUCAAACGACCAAAACAACAAAACGAUAUCGUGACAGUUCACGGUCUAACACAAACCGACUGGAAACAAAAUCCCACAAACACGAAUGAAAAACAGACUGUUUAAAUAUGGCUCCCAAUCAGAGACAACCAGCAACACCUGACACUCGUUGCCUCUGAUUGGGAGCCACUCUGGCCAACAUAGAAAUAGCACCCAUAGAAACAAAACACAUUGAUCUACACACCCUGGCUCAACAUAACAGUGUCCCCAGAGCCAGGGCGUGACAUCCGGGCUCUGGCUGGGCCACUCAAGGACAUUCAGAGACUUGUCCCGAAGGCACUCCUGCGUUGUCUUGGCUGAUGCUGCCACCCCCAUGCUUCAACGUAGGGAUGGUGCCAGGUUUCCUCCAGACGUGGCGCUUGGCAUUUAAGCCAAAGAGUUCAAUCUUGGUUUCAUCAGACCAGAGAACCUUGUUUCUCAUGGUCUGUGAGUCCUUUAGGUGCCUUUUGGUAAACUCCAAGCGGGCUGUCAUGUGCCUUUUUAAUGAGGAGUGGCUUCCGUCUGGCCACUCUACCAUAAAGGCCUGAUUGGUGGAGUGCUGCAGAGAUGGUUGUCCUGGAAGGUUCUCCCAUCUCCACAGAGGAACUUUGGAGCUCUGACAGAGUGAUUAUCGGGUUCUUGGUCACCUCCCUGACCAAGGCCCUUCUCCCCCGAUUGCUCAGUUUGGCCGGACGGCCAUUUCUAGGAAGAGUCUUGGUGGUUCCAAACUUCUUCCAUUUAAGAAUGAUGGAGGCCACUGUGUUCUUGGGGACUUUCAAUGCUACAAAAAAUGGUGGUACCCUUCCCCAGAUCUGUGCCUCGACACAAUCCUGUCUCGGAGCUCUACUGACAUAGCUUGGUUUUUGCUCAUGCACUGUCAACUGUGGGACCUUAUAUAGACAGGUGUGUGCCUUUCCAAAUCAUGUUGAAUUUACAACAGGUGGACUCCAAUCAAGUUGUAGAAACAUCUCAAGGAUGAUCAAUGGAAACAGGAUGCAACUGAGAUAAUUUCUCAUAGCAAAUGGUCUGAAUACUUAUGUAAAAAAUGUUUUUUGUUUUUGUUUUUUUAUACAUUUGCAAACAUUUCUAAAAACCUGUUUUCGCUUCGUCAUUAUGGAGUAUUGUGUGUAGAUUGAUGAGGAUUUUUUAUUUAUUUAGGCUGUAACGUAACAACAUUUUGAAAAUACUUUCCGAAUGCACUGUAUACAUGGGGGAUACAACCAUCCCAGCUCUGCAGAUUUUGCUGUGAAGAUACAGAAUCAUUAUAUCAUUUGUUUUGGUACUAUUCAUAUGUAGCUUGUUUUUGGUCACUGGUUUAGUUAGGAAUGGCUGAAGAAUUGCAACAUCUUACCUGAAGCUAACUAUGCAAAUAGCACUGCUGGGUUAUUUAAAAAGUCAUAGUCAAUCGAUCAAUAAUAUAAUAACUCUUAGCAAAAAUGUUUCUUUAAUUUACAAUCUGUAGAAACUAUGAGAAUAGAAAGGUUCAUAACUUUUGUGAAACAUCACAGCACAUUUGAAAAAUAUAUGGCAAAUAGAAAUCAAAACUGGAUGGUGUUCAGAGAUAGAUGGGAGGGGUUGAGUGGAGCUGAAGGGUGGGACUAAAAAUAACAAGAUAUGUAAUGUAAAAUAUACUGUGUCCGUAAAAUGCAUAUAGGUUCAGAACUUUUAUGAAAAUGCACAGUUGAAAAAUAUAUGGCAAAUAGAAAUCAAAACUGGAUGGUGUUCAAAGAUACAUGGGAUGGGUUGAGGUUAGCUGAAGGAUGGGACUAAAAACAAACAAAAGAUAACUAUUGUAAAAUAUACUGUGUUCGUAAAAUGUAUAUAGUAUGUAUAAGCUGGAAGUAGAAGCCAAAGUGUUGUUGUCCAUUAGUUUACUCCAGAUAGGGGAGGGGUGGUAGGGUUAUAUAUCUUCAAUAUUAAAGCUGAUCUACCCCCUAAGAAAAAAAAAAACAGUUUUUGUUCGUUUUUGACCAUUUUGAUUGAAAAAAAUCACAGUAAGGUACUUAAUUGUUACCCAGAAAUGUUUUGAUAUCGUGUUAAAAACGGCUGCAUUGGGCCUUUAAUACAGCCCUCAUCUGACCUCUCUCUCUCUCUCUCUUUGCGCUACCUAUUUCAGGUAGGAAACGGAAGUGGUUCAAGAUCGACGAGGCUAUCCAGGUGUUGCAGGGCCACAAGCCUGUCCAUGCUGAGUACCUGCGCCGACUCACAGCCACCUGUAUCCCCACCUGCAGCUCCACCUGUUGCAACCCCACCAACGGCAACACCUGGGUCUCCCCCCUGACGGACGACAACGCCCCUAACUACGUCACCUCCACACAGGGGACAGAUAGGGGACCUCCCUUGGUCAACAGAUAG